AGGCGCUGGCAGAAAGAUGCGAGUUGUCCAGGAACUUGUUUACCUUUUUACUACUGUAGUUGUACUGCUCCACCUGGCUCGAUCCAACAAAUUUGCCAGCAAACUGUACCACCAGGCCUCGAGGAAGAACCUUCACAGGAAUAUUGUGCUGUCCCCAGCCGCCACCAACGUGGCCUUGGGCUCUGUUUUCUUCGGAAUGAAGCACUGCAAGGAGCUGCAGGGAGUGAUGGAUCAGGUGGCCCACGGAGACAUAUUCCUGGACGACGUUACCAUGGUCAAUCGAUUGUUUGUGGACAGGGAUGUGCCGCUGCACAGUGGCUACCAGGAAAAUAUAGCCGAUAUCAUGAAGUGGAACGCGGAUAGGGUGCACUUUGCCGAUCCCCAAGGAGCCAGCGACGCCAUCAACGAUUUUAUUCGCCUGACAACCAGACACAAGAUGGACAAUCUCUUUAGUCCCACGAGAAUCACGAAAAAAACCAAGAUGGUGGUGGCCAAUACGGCGCAUUUCCACGGCAAGUGGGCCACUGUCUUUUCGAAAGAAGCUACCCAAAAGCGACCAUUUUACCAGCGAAACGGUCUCGAUAUCCCAGUGGACACCAUGGAAACGUUUGGCACCUUCCUCUGGGGCGAAAGCCCAAAACUGGAUGCGGAAGUGGUCGAAGUGCCCUACAUGAACCAGCUCUCAAUGCUCAUUCUCCUGCCCCGCGAUCCCGAGAAGGGGCUUCCGCACCUCAGCAACCUCAUCAACAAUACGGAUCUCAUGGAGGUGAGCAGUAGUUUGAAUCAGAGAAUGGUACACCUGCUGCUUCCCAAGUUCCGGGUGCAUUCCAGGAUCGCUUUGGAGUCCAUUCUCAAGCCCCUGGGGGUCAGGAGCCUUUUUGCGAACCCCAAUUUGGUUGACAUGACGGGGGACAAGGACAAAAGCUACAAGAUCAACACCAUGUUGCACAGUAGCUGUAUCGAAGUCACCGAGUUCGGGCAUCAGUCGGAGAAAAGAGAAUUUAAGGGCAGAGGAGAACCCCUUCAAUUCUGGGCAAACCGUCCGUUCAUCUUUGCCGUCAAGAAUCCGAGUCACAUCUACUUCAUUGGUCAUGUGGCUGUGCCGAAGGUGGAAUGAUUUUAUUUUACAAUAUUCUACCCUUUUAUCUUUUAUCCACAUAUAAUCAUGUAGAUGUAAUGGUAAUAGAUAAAAUAUAGUUUUGUUACGAAUCAGA